AUGAGCAGCGACAAUUCACUGGCACUAAAUCUACAGCCGGAGUGCGAUUAUCGACUAGACGAGCUUUUACAAAAAUCAGAGGACCUCAAUGCAAAUUUGAAUGAUUUGCCUCGACUCAAGCGGAAUUUCGGACAGACGCUCGACGCUGUAGAACGACUUUACCAGAAAACUUACCAGAAAAACACCGUCGAGACUGCAGUCCAGACUGCCGUCAAGACCUCUGACUCUGCAACAAACACUGAGGCUUACGAUGAAUCAGAUAACACCGUCUCUCCCGAAGAAUCGAAUUCAAAAAGAAAUCGCUGCCUCUUCAUCCUGUUCUUCCUCCUGUUCAUCCUCCUGUUCUUCCCUGUUGUUCUGGCCUCAAAUGAGAGUGGCAAGCAGCAGCGUUCUCUGGAGUGCGAUAGCGUCAACAUUGGCAAACAGCAGCGCCAACUACGCCAACUGCAGUUAUUCGAAGCGCCAACGAGCCAACUCCCUGAUGGCAAUGGAUUGACAGAUCCUGGAAUCGACUCUUCCCAUGGCGAAUUCGGACGAGAUGGAGCAAGCGGAAGACAUGGAGAUUCAGACGCAGAGGGGGAGAAAGACAUGCCCGGCCAACGCGGAAUCGACUCUUGCCAAGGUGAUUCUGUUGGACUACUCGGCAGUGGUGCUCCAACUCUUCUCUCAAAAAUUAUUGCUAAUAUUUUGAGAGGAUAUGAAAUUGUAAUGACACCGCUGUUAUCGCUCCUUUCUUAG